AUGAAGGAAGCUGAAGAAAAGAGACAAUCAAAGGACAAAAAACAAAAGAAACCCGAUAACUUUAAUUUCAUAGGAGGUAAACGUAACACCACAUCAUUCAGGUACGUCUGUGCUAUAGAAGCCAUAGAAGGUUCGGAUGAGGUGCAAGUUGUAGGUUUAAAAUCUAUGAAUGACCUAAAACAAGACUUUUCCAGAAUCGAAUAUGAUAAAAGCUUUGUUAAAAUUGACCAAAUUGCUGGACUUUUACCUGUGCCCAUGAUAAAAAAUAAGGGAACCCGCAUAUUUUACCAUUUCGAUAAAAAAAUUCCUGUUUUUGAAGUGUAA